AUGGCAAUCCCUCCGACCCACUACCCGGCCUCCAGGGCGGCCUCGGUGGUAGAGAGCUGCAUCAACUACCAGCAGGGCAGCCCCCACAAGGUGUUUCUGGUGCAGACAGUCAAACAAGCCAGCCUGCAGGAUAUUCCGGGAAGAGGAAGAAAGUAUUGCCUUAAAUUUUCUGUGGAAGAAAUUAUCCAAAAACAAGUUACAGUGAAUUGCACAGCUGAAGUACUGUACCCUCCAAUGGGACAAGAUACUGCACCAGAAGUCAACUUAACAUUUGACGGAGAAAUUGGAAAGAACCCAGAUGAGGAAGAUAACACAUUUUAUCAUAGACUCAAGUCUAUGAAGGAACCACUAGAAGCACAAAAUAUUCCAGACAGUUUUGGAAAUGUACCUCCGGAAAUGAAGCCAGUUCAACAUUUAGCCUGGGUUGCCUGUGGUUAUAUAAUAUGGCAAAAUUCUACUGAAAAUACAUGGUAUAAAAUGGCAAAAAUUCAAACUGUCAAGCAAGUGCAAAGAAAUGAUGACUUCAUUGAGUUAGACUACACCAUUCUACUUCAUGACAUUGCAUCUCAGGAGAUUAUUCCUUGGCAAAUGCAAGUUCUCUGGCAUCCACAAUAUGGUACUAAAGUAAAACAUAAUAGCCGUCUACCAAAGGAAGCACAAUUGGAAUAA